AUGGAUAUCCUGGUGGGAAAAUUACUUCAAGCUCACGAUGAAUUCGGACAAUUGCUGGAACUCUACAUGAGACGAGGAGAGGUCCACGUUCCAGGGGACAGCAUCCUUUCACGACCCGGAGUGCAGGAGACUUCGAUCUGUAUAGACCCAGCCAUCCAUAACACCCACACAUCAGGGCACAACAAUGAAUUACACACGAUGGUAGACAAAACUCAGAAUUUCACGCAGUGCAAGGUGUAG